AUGUCCUCAGGAGACGACUCCGAGGCCAGCUGGCCGAGUUCCACCGCUCCCACCAGGUCGCACCGCAUCAAGCUUGCUGAAGCGGGCCGCGCCGACGCGGCGAGCGACAUUUCUUCCAGGAGUGCGAUGAAUGCUCUUGCGGCCUUCGUUCAGAACACCGAUGCCAGCAUGCAAACUGCGUUGGCUAACCUGUCUUGGGCUAAUAGGACUCGGAUCAAGCUUCUGCUUUCCCGAAUCGAAGCUUCGCAAGAUUACCAGCGCCUCGGCUACGUGAUGCACCCGGGACCCGUGCCCGAGAUCAGGAAUGUGGCGAACGGCGAGACCUCUGCUAGCUGA